UAAUCGACCUGAAUCCGAUCUAAAAUUCAUUCAACAAUCACCGCUUCUUCCAUCCGGGUCGGGUCAAAUCAACCCGAAUUUCUCCAUCACCGCAAAAAGCGUAAAAUCCAGCAGCAGGGUCCAAUCCAUCCGUACAAACACACCAUUUUUUCUCCAUUUACACCUACAAUUCCCGCCUACUUCCUGACAUCCAUCCCGUGAUUAUUGACCCUCAAUCAUCCACUCCACUGCAAACUUUUGACUUUGACCCGAUCACCGCCGGUGAACAUGAAAUCCAGAGGAAAAAUCACCGGCAGCUGGUCUAGUCUCGGUUUACCUGCUGUUUUCCUCUUAUGCAUCUUCUUCUUCUUUUUAGGCUUCUUCGGUUCCUCUUUGUUAUCCCAACAGGUUGAAAAUGAUUAUAGUUUGCAUCGUAGACCUAGGGUUCUUAGUGAGAAAGAAUACGAAUAUGAUCCGUUGCCUCGGGGCGAUUCCGGUGAUGACUCCUUCACCACCAUUCCUUUUCAGGUAUUAAGCUGGACGCCUCGAGCGCUAUACUUUCCGGGAUUUGCGACAGCGGAACAGUGUGAAGGUAUAAUCAAGAUGGCGAAAGUAAAACUUGCGCCUUCAACUUUGGCUUUACGAAAGGGAGAAACGGCUGAAAAUACCAAGGGGAUUAGAACAAGUUCGGGCAUGUUCAUAAGUGCAUCCGAGGACAAAACGGGGAUUUUGGAUCAAAUUGAGAAGAAAAUAGAACGGGCUACAAUGAUCCCAAGAAGUCACGGAGAGGCAUUCAAUGUUCUAAGGUAUGAGAUUGGGCAAAGAUAUAAUUCACAUUAUGAUGCUUUCAACCCUACCGAGUAUGGUCCGCAAAAGAGCCAGCGGAUUGCUUCUUUCUUGCUCUAUUUAUCCGAUGUUGAAGUCGGUGGAGAAACCAUGUUUCCGUUCGAGAACGGCGAAAAUACGGCUUCGAAUUACGAUUUUAGAAAAUGUAUUGGUUUGAAAGUGAAACCACGGAAGGGUGACGGGCUUUUGUUCUAUUCCUUAUACCCGAACGGUACCAUCGACCCGACGUCGCUUCAUGGGAGCUGCCCGGUAGUCAAAGGACAGAAAUGGGUGGCAACAAAAUGGCUUCGGAACGAAGAAGAAUUCGAUUAAAUUAUUUUGUUGCUUAUUCAUCGUUUAUUCGAUGUUUUACCACAUUGAGAUUUGAACUAUGGUAAAUCUCACUACAAAUUAGGUCAAAAAAGGUCGAAAACUUAACUCUCAUGAGCCAAUUCUUAUGGUACAGCGCGUUGUUAUUUAAUU